AUGAAUACUGAUAGAUCAAGGCGGAUGGUAGCAGCAGCUCUUUCAAGCACCUCUGCAACUAAUAAUAACACACCUUUUGGUAUACAACCAAAGCCAUGCACGAGUACUUCUGCUUCUAGCACUCAUGUCACCAACCACUAUGCACAAUCACAACCUUCUGGUUCAGGCAUGCACGCUGAAUCCAUUACAGAUACAUCUUACCUCGAUGAGUUUAUCGACUUUAGUGACGAUGACUCUGUCGCAGAUCCAUUAUAUCUACCAGAUCCAAAUUUUAAUGAGAGCACAGAUUUUAGUGAGAAUAUAGCUUCAUGCGAUGAUACAAUUUCCCAUACCUCUAUGAUUACGCCACAUCAAAAAACACAAGAAUGCAUUCUACCAGUGACUGAUAUUAUAAAGAACACAGGGCCAAUUUUUAUUGCGCAAUAUCCCGGGCCAAUUUUUAUUUCAAAUAAUGCUCCCAACGAUAGCAUCUUUAAAAAUAAACAUAUGAUAAAGCACCCUAUGUUACGUAGCCUCUGCGAUGGAAAGUGUAAGAGACAAUGUUUAAAAUUUUCAGAGCAGGACAGACUGGCUAUUUGGGAACAGUAUUGGAAUUUAAAAUUUCAGGCAAGGAGGUCAUUUUUAAAUAAAUUUAUUCAAUUGGCAGAAAUAAAAAGACUAAAGAUCGCUACUACUUCUGCUGUUCCGUCUAGAAACGAAAUACGUUAUUAUCACCUGCCAGGAAAAGAUAAAGAUUUGGUUCCCGUCUGUAAGCGAUUUUUUCUAGAUACACUUGGAUUGAGAACUGAUGGAUCUAUAACUGAAUUAUCAAAAGCUUUAAAGAAGGGUCAAUUAUAUGCAUCUUUGGCUGGUGAAAAAAGAGGCGGAAAAAGAAAAGAGAUUAACAAAAAUUUACUCCAAGAACAUAUUCUUAGUUACAAACCAGCUGUCAGUCACUAUCGUAGACAUAAUUCACCUUUCACAAAAUACUUGCCGAGAGAAUUAACUAUACGCGAAAUGUACAGCGAUUUUAAGAGGAAAUACCCGGAAGCCAAAUGUUCUAAUGAAACUUACAGGAAGGAGAUUAAAAAAAUGAAAAUUUCGUUUAACAUGCCAAGAGGAGACAAAUGCGAUGAAUGUUUUUUUUAUUUAGAAGAAAAAAAGAAGUACACGGAUGAAUCUGUUAUGCCAGACGAUCUAAAGCAAAGGUUUGCGUUACAUAAAACUAAAUCUGAUCAAGCUCUCGAAAAUUACAAAAUUGAUGCGACACAGAAGAAUUCUAAGCAUGUAAAGUAUUUUUCAAUGGAUUUACAAAAAGUAAUUUUGCUGCCUAUUAUGCCCCAAAUUAAAGAAGCUGUUUUUAUAAGUCGAUUAAUUACAUUUAAUCUUACUUUCGCUCCUAUCAAUAAGCAAUCUCCUGAUUCAGCUACUUGCAUAGUUUGGCACGAAGGUCACGCCGGUCGAAAGACUUCCAACAUAGUUGAUGCUAUUUUGACAUUCAUAAAGAAUGAAAGAGAUUGCCAGCAUUUUCAUAUUUGGGCUGAUAAUUGUACUGCCCAAAAUAAAAACUGGACCCUAUUUACGGCUUUGACCACAAUUGUAAACACAGAAAGUGCCAUCGAGACUGUGACUUUAAGUUACUUGACAAAAGGACAUACACAUAUGACUGCAGAUUCAGUGCAUGGAAACAUUGAAAGAAAAAUUAAAAGACAAGGAGAUGUUUUGGAUUUCGAAGAUUUUAAAGAUGUCGUAAAUAGUUCAAGGCAAAAUAUAAAAGUCAUAGAUUUAAGUUAUUGUAGGAACUGGCCAAAGAAAAAAAGAGCAUUAAGGAAAAACGAUGAUGAAGACUUGAUGAAAACUUUCUUGCUCAAACAAGUUGUCCAAGUAAAAUUCGUUGCUGGCUCGAGGAACAUUCUUUAUAAAACAAGAUUUGAUGAACCAUUUCUCGAGUUGGAUUUCCUACCUAAAAAUUAUAAAGUAAUUGGGCUACCUGAAGAAAAAUCAGUUCCUCGAGGCAUUCCCAGUCGUAAAAAGGAUGUGAUUAUUGCCAAACUGGUGCCUUUAAUGCCAGAAACAAGACGAACGUUUUGGUAUCAAAUGCCUGUAAACGAUGAAUCUAUUGAUCUCCAAACUGAAGGCGAAAUGGCGGAAGAAAUAUGA